AUGAUUCUUCUUAAACCAAAUCCAAUUAAUCAUCACUUAGUAGUAUUCUUUUUCAUUUCAAAAACCUUCAUUGAGCCUCUGUCGACCGACACCCAAAGAGACCAGUCCCACCGCAUGUACCUGGGGAAACUUCCAGGCCCCAGGCACCGUCCCACCCAGAAGUCUCACGGCAGAGCUGAUCUGGGACUUACCUCCGCAGCCAGGACGCUGGGUGCCUCACAGGGCGCAGCCUGCAGCCAUCCAGGGCUGGGCUUUGUGUGGUUGGAAGGAUGGCGCGAGGGUCUGGAAGGAUCCGCCUCGGGCCCCUCUGACCAUUUACAUGUCAAUAGUCAAACCAAAGCUCCCCCGACCCGGCCCCUCAGCACUCAGACCCUGGGUUUGGUCCUUCUCUCUCUCCAUGGAGCCUGGAAGCCGCUGGCUUGCCAGCAGGCAUCUGGCAAACUCGUCCUGAGGGAUUUGUCACCCUCUUCAAGAGUCCUGAGCCUAGGCGGGCGCUCUGCCAGCAGCGCCAGCUGCAAGGCCGGGAACAACGUGGAGGGGCCAGAAGCGGAGGAGAGAGUCCCACCGGCGUGGAGUCAGAACGCCCGGGGAGAAGCAGGGACCGCGCUGCGGGGCGGAGGGGAGGAAGCCUCCGCCUGGUGCUGGCAGCGGGGCACACUCGCUGAGGUCUGGGACUUAGAACCGCGUGGUCCCGGAGUGGACACAGACACAAACUGGGGGACACCGCAAGACCACACACGGGUGUAUCCGGUCAGCAGCGCCGCGUUCGCUCUGGCUCGUGACGACCUCUGUCCCACCAUGUCAGCACUAAAACGGGGCUCCCCGGGGCAGAACAGCCCCCACGGGCCGGCCCUGCGCCCCUCUGCGGUCCUUGAAGGGGUGAGGGAAGGGACCAGGCUGCAGGCGGGUCCCAGCCAAGUCCGGUCACUCCGAAGCCGGCCGCAGGCCCGGGGACGGCGGGGGCCGCUGGCGACCAGAGGAGACUGUCCGUUGACGCCCCAAGACUGCCGGGUCUCCGCGCCCGGAACACCUGGGGACCCCUGUUCCCCUCACACACACACUCCGACCACCACCACCACUUUCUACAAACUCUUUCAGCUCACUGGCGCAAGAGGAAGGGGGCGUGCAAAGGCGAGAAAGUUCUCUGCCCCCUCCCCCAAGCUCUCGGUUCUAGGGAAGCAACUGAAGGAAAGCGACAAGGGAGGUACCCGGGGGAGGACCCCCCCCCCCCCCGGCUCCGGCGACGGCUUCCCCGGAGGCCGCAGGAAAGGCGGCAUCGCGCUGGGUCUGGGAGUCUUCCCCAAACAGACCGCGAUCCGGGGGAGCCCCCACCCGCGACAUCGUCCUCCCCGGAUCAGAGCCCUCCCCCCCGCCCCGCGCCGGGAGGAGGGGCGCCGGCCCUCGGAGAAGGAGAGGUCUGGGAAGGACCCGGCGAGGUCACCCAGUACCUUUCUCUCCGCGCCGCAGGGUCUGGUGCUGGCCACAGGCGGGGAGGCGACGGGACUCGGGAACAUCAAUCAGAAUGAAUCCAAACAGUCCUACGCACACCAGGGAAGAGGCCUCUCCGUCAUGGACCUCGCCAGUAAGCUAGCCUAG